GUGUGAUCUAAAACACGGUAAAUACGUAGGUUCGUACGAAGAGCACGUCAAUUGAUAAAGUUGUCAUAGAUGUUGUCAUGUCUUCGUUAAUUUUCGUCAUUUCGAUUUUUCAUUUAAUUUUAAACGAGGUAAAUUCCCAUGUCACCGCUCCGCCCCAUUACAUAGUCACAGGAAUUCCAUAUCCAGCUAAUCCAGCUGCCUAUCCACCCAGGCCAGCACCAAUCAACCGCCCAGCUGAGCCGCCAACCAUCACACCCACGCCAUGUGAAAUAGCCCCAAAACAGACAGCAUUGGAUCCGAACGUACUGAACAACUUGGCCAUAGCACUACAAUUGCUAAUAGUCAGCAACCUACUUAAUUAUCCGAAAGAGAACAGCGAAAUUAUUUCAAAUCUGGCUAGAGCCAUUGACAAGUUGCCCGUCGCACCCCAUUAUCUUCAAGAAACGCUAAAGCACGAACCCAAAUAUGUUCUAGAAGCUGCCAAAUUUGAACCAAAAUAUGAAAUAGAGCCGUAUUACACAGGGGAACCGGUGCCGUUGUCCAAUUCAAAGUACAUUGGUUCUUAUGAGCCGAAUGUUUUCCGCGCGUAUGACUCAAAUGCGAGACGAUCUUCUCGAUCCCACGGGGCCCUGAUGUCGCCUUACGAAGCCAUUAACAGUAGUCCGUCAUUUGGUGAAUCUUUUCCCUCAGUAUAUGGCUCGCCCUCAAAAUCUUUGUACGUCGUGGACAAAGACCUCUUUGGACCUUCAGAUCUGUAUUAGUAGCCUAGUAUUUUAAUUCAUUGUAUGUGCUGAAUAAAUUUUAAUUUAUUGUUUUUUA